UCGUUGAUAUGCGAGACUAUUAUGAGCGGCAUACAGUGGUCACAGGAGCAAACUAUGUUGUUUCUUGAAACACUUCAAGCAGAGCCUUUUAUUUGGGACCCCAGUGAGAAAAGUCAUAAGGACAAGAAAAAAGUAAAUGAUGCUUGGGUGCGUAUUCGGGACGUUUUUGAAAUACCAGUAGAAGAAUUGAAGAAAAAAAAGGAUUCACUUUUUGCGACAUACAGGGGCUACUACAGAAAAAUAGAAGCUUCCUUAAAAAGUGGUGCCGGCGCAGAUGAUGUUUAUCGUCCAGUUUGGUUCGCAUUUGAGUUCAUGAACAGCUUUUUGGGGUGCGUGUAUAAAUGUAAACAAACAAUAACCACGGAUCAUGGAACUGAUUCGAUUGAGGAAGAAACAACCAACGCUUCAGAGGAUGUACCAAUUGCUUCUCCAACUCCAAAAGAACCAGAGCCCCGAAAAAAUAAACACACCAUCCGACGGCGUGAUAACCCGCCGGAAUUGCAAGUUGCCAGUAGGCAGAUGACAGAAGCCUUCAAUAACUUAAAUAAAGUGAUAAAUAAUCCUUCAAAGGAUGAUGAUGACGAGUGCGACGUAUUCGGCAAACUAAUUGCCAAAAAACUGAAGAGGUUACCGGAACAUGAAAGGGAUAAUAUCAUGUUCGAUAUACAUGCUCUGUUUCGGAAAUCACCUAAUAAAAGAUCUCCAUCGGGUGAAUCGUUCUGUACUUCAAAAAAGAUAUGUAUUACUAGAGAUCAAAUUAUUGAACCACGCUAUAUACCAAAGACCCAAACUCAAUCUUAUUGUCCAGAAGAUAAUACACAUCAGAGUGAUUUAAUAUAUAAGGCAUUGUAUCAAUGUAUAAAAUGA